AUGACCUUCAAGGACGGGGCAGACUCUCCCCUGCCUCCCGCGGAUCCCGAGGGCCCUGGGGCGCAGCGGGUCGAGGAGGCGCCCCGGAGACAGCUGAGGGCGGUGCAGAGGGCGGACGGCGAGCCCCGAGCGCACCUGGGCGCGCUGCUGGCCAGAUACAUCCAGCAGGCCCGGAAAGCUCCUUCUGGCCGAAUGCCCGCCAUCAAGAACCUGCAGAGCCGGGACCCCAGCCACAGGAUCAGCGACCGGGACUACAUGGGCUGGAUGGACUUCGGCCGGCGCAGCGCCGAGGAAUACGAGUACCCCUCCUAGGGCGCCCCCUCAGCGCCACCAAGCGCCUCCAGACUCCCCGGAGGCGGGAUAACAAAACAGUCACACUUACAGCUCAUCGUCUCUGCAGUUUGACAUUUUAAGUGUCUAUUUAUUAAGUUCUCCACGUGAAAACCCUGUGAGGUUGUCUGGCACAGCCAGCACCUCAGCAGAAUUGUACAAACGGAAGACAGCUGUCUCCCUCAUCCGUGACCCCUGGUUCCAAAGUGUGGCGAUGCUAUUAAAGUGAUUUCAUUCUG